AUGCCCUCUGAGAAGUUGAGCAGUAGUAUACCGAUCUUCUUAGAGCGAACAGUCUCUGCUAGAGUAGGCUUUGAACAGAAGUCUUCGGAAGAAGCGCUUUGUUCAGCCUGCCCCACAGAUACCGUUGCCACCUCAUUACUGGGACCAGGUUUGCCCCCGUAUGAGGUUUCUACUUCCUUCAUCCUGCUGAAAAUCGACAAAGCAGUUGCAGGCACUGUUGAUUUGUUAUCAACUUUUUUGCCCUGUAAUGCAAUCCGCUUUGUCGGUUUGGAGCUCGAUGAUGGUGUAGAGCUGUCGGGAUCGUUUAGGUGUUGCCUGUCCUUCGUUGGACGCGGUGGCCUGCUUUACUGCCAAGGACCUUGCUGUUUCCAGCGGGAUGCCCUUGGCAAAAAUACACGCAAACUAUGGACCACAAAGGAAACGAAGUGUUUUCUAGAGUGCUACUUUGCACGAAAGGAAGAGUUUUUGGAAACCAGAAAAAAAAGACUUGGAUAUCAACAUGUACUUGAGGACAUGAUAGCACAUGGAAUUGCAGAUGACUUUACUCCAGUCUGCUUAGAAAGAAAAAUGCGCACACUUCUAAGUGCAUUUAAAGCAGCCAAAGAUAACAACAGACGGACUGGUGCAUCGCCAUGCUUACCAUCCUACAUGGAGUUGAUGAACCAAAUAUUUGGUGAUAAACCAAUUAUUUCAAAUAAUCACACUGCGACGUUAGAGUUUGACAGCUAUGUUGAAGAUAUAGAGGUGCUGGAAGAGUUGGUAUUAAACAUUGUGCAAGCGCACGCUGUGCUAUCGCCAACGCAAGAAUCACCAACGGAAGAAUCGCCAACGCAGGAAUCUCCAACGCAGGAAUCGCCAACGCAAGAAUCAUCAACGCAGGAAUUGCAAAUGCAGGAAUUGCCAUAACCUUCAACUUCAUUAUUUAACCGCAAAAGAAAAAUCUGUGCGUCAAGAAUAUUAUGGUAACAAAUUAUUUGCUAAGAAAAGAAUAGAGGAAGAGAAAUUAAAAUUUUUUAAAGAAACUAUGAAUGAACUGAAGCAAAAAAUAAUUAAGA